GUCGCAGAGAAAGCCUGUUCUUCAAGUUUUGUACAGAAAAGUGCGAAAUACUUGUGAGACAUAAAUAAUAACAUAACACGGAUUCCUGAAUACAUCGGACAAAACACACAACACAAUGGCUGCCAAAGCCAUCAUCUCAUGGCUGGUCUCGCUUUUCGUAUGGCUUAGUGUCCAGCGAUGGGAGUCGGUGUCUGUGCUGUCAUCGUCGCCCAUCUCUUUCUACGCGGACAAUAGACUCGACCAAACCGUUGCUUAUAAAUACUUGCCAUCAAAAGAGCGCAAAGAAAUGCAGUCCGAAAUACUCAGUCUCCUGGGCCUUCACCACAGACCCAAACCUAGAUCUCAUGUGACUGAGAACUCGGCCCCAAAAUAUCUCAUAGAUUUGUACAAAUCAUUUCUCGACGAGGAUAGCGGUAAUCUGAAGAUCAAUAGCAAGGCACCGGUCGUUAUUGAAGGAGAAGUGCUGAGCAAUAAUAGUUUGCAUGCAAUUAACGACUCGGAUAUUAUCAUGAGUUUUGUUAAUCAAAUACACCGAAAAGCGCCGCAUUUGCGACACGACAGGGACCGGAGGUUUUGGUUCGACGUCAGCGAAGUGUCGCCCGAAGAGACUAUUAUGGACGCAGAGCUCAGACUGUUUCGGGACUUAACCGACAGUAGUCUUCCCUCAAACCUGACAUAUCACUUGACUUUAUAUAUGCUCUCACAGGGAGACGAUCCAGAGGAUAAGGUAUUGAAUUACGUGAGCGACCAGAGGAUCACUUUCGACGAGGGAUGGAUUUCGCUCAAUGUUACCGAUCCUAUGAUUACGUGGAUUACGUUUCCCCACCAGAAUCUGGGCUUAUAUUUGCGAAUAAGGGCCCAUCAAAUCGAGCGAGACAUAGAUCCGCACGAAAUCGGUAUAAUCGGCACAAACGGACCCAAAGAUCGACAGCCCUUUACGAUCGCAUUCUUCAAGAGUAGAUCCCAUGGAAAUGUGCGGCGAAUAAGACAGACGUCCAGAAAGAGGCAGAGGAGUGAUGUCUCCUUCUAUGAUCACGACGAGUGGAAUCCCUACUUAAAUCCCAACGAUCGAUACGCUUCUGGAAGAAGUUGUCAGAAAAGGACUCUUUAUGUGAGCUUCAGGGAUCUGGGCUGGCAGGACUGGAUCAUAGCACCGGAUGGUUACGCGGCCUUCUUCUGCGACGGUGAGUGCAGUUUCCCUCUCAAUGCACACAUGAAUGCCACGAAUCACGCCAUCGUCCAGACAUUGGUUCACCUCAUGAACCCAUACAACGUUCCUAAGCCCUGCUGUGCGCCCACCAAACUGUCCGCUAUUAUGGUCCUAUACUUUGACGACAACUCCAACGUCAUCCUCAAGAAGUACAAGAAUAUGGUCGUCAAGUCGUGCGGUUGUCAUUAGGGGAGACACCGGUCUGUGUCGAGUAGUAGUAGUAUUAGUGCCACACAAUUGUCCCUUUCAUUCAUGCCUUCAUUCAUUUCAUUGCAAAUGCAGACAAUUAUUAUAUUUUUGGAGUUUUUAUCUCAUUUUCAAGCAAAACGAUUACAAUAUUUUCAACUCAUUAUUUAAUUUAUUGCCUAUGAUUGCGAUUAAUUUAGCC